CUCUUACAAUCUAAGUACCUGUUCCCCUUUUCCCCGUUCGUAAGAACAGAGGCGGCGGCAGCUCGGCGAGAGAACAAUCCUUCACCGGUCUCUCUCUCUCUCUCUCUCUCAGAAGUCUACCUCUCUCUCUUGUCUCCAUCUCUCCUCCUCCUCUUCUUCUUCUUCUUCUUCUUCUUCUUCUUCUUCUUCUUCUUCUUCUUCUUCCCUUUCUCUGUGAUUGCAGCGGCGGAUUCAAACUCAGCAGCGAUCUCCUCUCCGACUUCUCACCGCCGAGCUCUCUUCCAUAUUUUUAUUCUUCUCUAUCUUCCAUUUCCCCUUUUGUUCCAGUUUUCGUCCCCGCCCCUGCAAGCGGCAGACCCUCUAUCUUUCAUUAUUCAUUUUUUUUUUCUAUUUGUGCUCCUUCUCACAGUUGCCGCCACCUCUCUCACCGCCGAACCAGUUGCCUUUUGCUCUGUCAUUCUGCCGAACCAGUUGCCCUCUCGCAUCCCGGAAUGCCAUCAUCGGCAUAGGAAGAGUCCCAAAUCGUUCAAACACAUUGCAAAAGUUCCCGGUUACAGGCCACAUUGCAAAUGAGUCUCCAGUCAGUCCGGCGACAGUAGCCAUCACCCGGAGAUCUCUUCCCUUACCGUUCACUUAACGAAUUCAGGCCAGGAUAUUACUCAGGUUAGAAGAUUGGAAGCACAAGUCUGGUGGAUUCCUUUCUCUAGUUUCGUUUCACAAACGAAUGGCCAAAGCAGCCGCUUGUAGGCGGGCGGUGUUGUUGGGGACGAAUUCUGUGAUUUGCUUCACUAGGUUCAAUCACUUUAACGGAUCAAAUGCAGCAAAUGUUAUAGAUUGUUUAUCGCCUGAUUCUUCCAUUAGGUUGUCUAAUUCUUUUGCUUUGAAGUCGUCACCUUUUAACAGAUUCGAUUGCAGAUUGAUAUCUCAACUUGUUAAAUCAAACGGAAAGCAUGCAUUUCUGGUUGAUACAUUGGCUUUGGUUAGAAGAUUAGAAGCACAAGGUGUGCCCUCGAAGCAAGCCGAGGCAAUAACAGCUGCUAUUACCGAGGUGUUGAAUGACAGUUUGGAAAAUGUUGCACAAUCCUUUGUUUCAAAAGGAGAGAUGCAGAAAAGUGAGAUGACACAAGAAUCUAGCCUGUCAAAAUUCAAAUCUGAAGUUAAGAGUUCCCAGGAGCACCAUUUUUCUAUGUUACAACGAGAGACUGAAAAACUUCGUGGAGAUAUAGAGAAGAUGCGCAGUGAAUUGAGGUAUGAGAUUGACAAGGUUACUGCAGGUCAGCGUUUGGAUUUGAACCUUGAAAGAGGACGCAUACGUGAUGAGUUAGCUAAUCAAAAUGCAGAAACCACCAACCUUACUAACAAGCUUGAUCGGGAAAUCCAUGCAUUAAGGGCUCAGUUGGAAGCAGCAAAAUAUGAUGUCAUCAAAUAUUGCAUAGGAACUCUUGUGUCCAUUUCCGCUGUUGGUCUUGCUGUAGUUCGCAUUCUGAUGUAAGUAAAUUGCUACUUUUGCUAUUUAAGGUAACACAAGCAAAAGAAAUUUGAAUAUCUUCAUUUUUUCCUAUGUGGACAUUGGAUACCAAAAAUUUGAAAAUUUGUUGGCGAUGUCAAUUGGAAAAUAUGUGGCUGGCUCAAGGGAGCAUGCCACUGGGCUUGAAGCCCUGAACAGUUAAUUACUUUACGGUAUUAGACUAUUAGGUUUAAAGAGAAGAGAAUUGUAUUAAUUUAGGAAGAAUGCAUAUGAAUCUAGCGGGAAAUGGUAAAGAUUGAGUUUCUUAGGAUUUAGGUGGACGUCGGUGUUGCCUUUUCUUUGGCAGAUUGGUUAGAUUGGUGUUGUUCAAUGGAAGGUCGGUGUUGUUUCUGCUUGCA